UCAAGUUCAAACCCUUCCGAACCUAAAUCCGAGCCGGAUCCCUCUCGAUCAAAUUCGAUUUCGAGGUCAUCUCCGUUCCAAGAAAAAAUUCCAGGCCCUUCUCCUCCGUCUAGGCGUCUUCCACCACCAUACGCAGCUUCAUUUGCUUGGGCGGCAAGGAAUCAAGCUCUGGGCUUCUGGCUGGUUCUCCUCCUCUGAAAAUUUCCGCUUCAAGCACGUCACUGCUCAUCAUACUAACACCUAUCUAGGGUAUCGACAGACUUCCUAACUCAUUUGAGUUUUUUUCUUAUUAAUAUUCGAUCAUGGCUGAGGAACCAGUCUCUGCUCCACAAAGUUCGUCGGCUGCUGCUUCUCUUGGUCAUUCUGUAAUUCCGAUCGUCAAUAAACUCCAAGAUAUAUUCGCUCAGCUCGGCAGCACGUCUAUAAUCGAGUUGCCGCAGGUGGCCGUUGUUGGAAGCCAAAGCAGCGGUAAAUCUAGUGUCCUUGAAGCUUUGGUUGGAAGGGAUUUUCUUCCGAGGGGUUCAGAUAUCUGUACUCGAAGACCUUUGGUCUUGCAGUUAGUGCAGACGAAACGGAAGCCCGAUGGCACUGAGGAUGAGUACGGCGAGUUCUUGCAUUUGCCUAAGAAGAAGUUUUAUGACUUCGCCGAGAUACGUAGGGAAAUUCAGACAGAAACUGACCGCGAAGCAGGAGGAAAUAAGGGUGUUUCAGACAAACAGAUACGUCUAAAAAUCUACUCUCCCAAUGUUCUUGAUAUCACACUGGUGGAUUUGCCAGGAAUAACAAAAGUUCCGGUUGGUGACCAACCAUCUGAUAUUGAGGCACGGAUUAGAACAAUAAUAUUGUCUUACAUCAAACAUCCAAGUUGUUUAAUUUUAGCAGUUACACCAGCAAAUGCAGAUUUGGCAAAUUCAGAUGCACUUCAGAUUGCAGGCACUGCUGAUCCUGAUGGUUAUCGGACUAUUGGUGUAAUUACAAAGUUGGAUAUUAUGGACAGAGGCACUGAUGCUCGUAAUUUUUUGCUCGGAAAAGUGAUUCCACUUCGACUUGGUUAUGUUGGUGUCGUGAACCGUAGUCAAGAGUUGCAUACUGAAGCUGAUGUUUUGGAUCGAAUUUUAAGAUAA